CUGUUCGAUUUACUUACAGAUCAUGAUUUUGGAAGGAACUGGCAGAAUGAGUAUCAAUUCCAGCAGCAAUCUACUUCACCAGCAGCCUUCUUGGACAGAUGGAUAUCCCACAUGUAAUGUGCCUGGCAGUUUCUAUGGAACUCAGUGGCAUGAGAUACACCCUCAAUACUGGACCAAGUACCAGGUGUGGGAGUGGUUACAGCAUUUCCUGGAUACCAACCAGCUAGAUGCCAACUGCAUACCUUUCCAGGACUUUGACAUUGAUGGCGAACAUCUGUGCAGCAUGACUUUGCACGAAUUCACCCAUGCAGCUGGGACAGCCGGCCAACUUCUUUACAGCAACCUUCAGCACCUAAAAUGGAAUGGUCAGUGUGGCAGUGAAAUGUACCCAUCACAUAAUGUCGUUGUAAAAACAGAACAAACAGAUCCGUCCUUAAUGGCCUCCUGGAAAGAAGAGAAUUAUAUGUAUGACAGUGGUUAUGGUAGCACAGUAGAGUUAUUGGACAGUAAAACUUUCUGUCGUGCACAGAUUUCCACGACUACUACCAGUCACCAGCCUCUUGCUGAGUCUUCAGAUGAGAAAAAAACACAUGAUCAUCCACCAAAGUCCCACACCAAGAAGCACAAUCCUCGAGGAACUCACCUCUGGGAAUUUAUCAGAGAUAUUCUCCUGAAUUCAGAGAAGAACCCAGGAUUAAUAAAGUGGGAAGACCGGUCUGAAGGUGUCUUCAGGUUUUUAAAAUCUGAGGCGGUGGCUCAGCUCUGGGGAAAGAAGAAAAACAAUAGCAGCAUGACUUAUGAGAAACUCAGCCGGGCCAUGAGAUACUAUUAUAAAAGAGAAAUACUGGAGCGUGUGGAUGGCCGGAGAUUAGUCUAUAAAUUUGGGAAGAAUGCCCGUGGCUGGAGAGAAAAUGAGAAUUGAAGAUGUCAGCAAAAACAGCAGCAAAAUCUUCUG